AUGUCCAACAACGACGAGACCUACUAUAGAGAGGAGGUCCACAAUCUGACACAGUGGCGCUCCAGGAAUAACUUCAUCCUGAACACGAGCAAGACCAAAAAGCUCGUGCCUUCACCUCCACAACCGGAGCAGAGCACCUUCCGGAGAAUCCGCCGCUCCGAGGAGAGGGCUCCUUUUCCCAUUCCCGGCCUCGCUGCAGACAUCCUGCACAUGCGAGUCAAAGAAGGAAGCAAAAUUCGCAAUUUACUGCGCUUCGCAACGGCUCGCAUGCAAGGGGAAGGAGAGGACGGCGGUGCGACGGCGGCGAGACAGGUGGUCUUCACAGGCCUGGGCAGGGGGAUCACCAAGACCAUCACCUGCGUGGAAAUCCUGAAGCGGAAAGUGGCCGGGCUGCAUCAGCUUUCCAAACUUUGCUACAUGACAGUUAAUGAGAUUUGGGAGAGUCCCCGGCAGGACGUGGCAGGUAGAACCGUGGCGAGGACGGUGCCUGCCAUCUGCAUCCUGCUCUCCAAAGACCCUCUGGACCCCCAGGAGCUUGGUUAUCAGCCUCCACAAACCCUCGGCGUUCCCACAGAGGAAGCGGCUAGACGUGGGGAUCUGCUGAGAACAGCUGGCAGCCUGUCCUCACUGCACACUGCCAAGAGGCUCUGUCUGGAUGAUUGGACUGGAUGUCCUCCCAAAAUCUAGUUUAACUAAAGAUUUGGAAAAUAUCAGAAUAUAUAAAAUCACCUGCUCUUUCUUCAUAGUUAGGUUUGGAAGGAAAAAGUACCCUUAUACUGUUCUAUUCUGUGUGUUUGUGUAAUUUGUACAGUAAUUUGUUACUAAAUUACUUAAUAUAUUGAUAUUAUAUGUGUACAUGUAUGUCUCUAAUGAAACAAGCUCUCUGAAUUCACAACUGAUACAGAAAAAUUAAAUCUGUUAGUAGCAACAAAAGUGUUUUUUAUAGCAAUUUAGAACUUUGCUCUCUUAAGUAACGUAUAUCUAAACUUGUAUCUGCCACAACGUACAUUCAUCUCUUUAAUGACCAAUUUAAUGUUCCAUUAGCCAUAAUUAUUUUGUGCAUUUUUUUUUUACACUUGCAUGACAGUGUUUAUUAUUUAAUUGGGAAUGGAUACAAAUAAUACG